CGCACGCAUUUCCUGUCUUUGAACGAUAGGAACUCAGAAACACUAUCCCCAAUGGAGUCUUCUGCCCUUUCCGUCUUGUCAAAAAUCCUCGCCAUCACUCCCCCUAUUCAUACUUUGCAUCCAAAACGCGUCUGCCCUUUGUCCACCUCAGUGCAUAUUAUCCUUCUUAUAUCGUCCGUGUUAUUUCCAAUGUGUUAUUUCCGUCAAUCAAAAUCGCGUUCAAUUUUGGUACCAGCGACCUGACGCGUACUUUUUUUUGUCAUAUUUGUAAGGAGUAAGAGGCAGCGCGCAAGCGAGGCAGUAACAGUUAUAGUGCGGACAGCAGCCUGAAACCUCUAUAUCCAAAUGCACUCAAUUGCGUCUCUGCCCACCAACACACUCAUUCCCGAGUCCUGCGAGGCCAAAGGAAGGCAUCCAGCCACAAGCCUGCCAAUGUCUCAGGAAUCAGUUCGUGCAGGAGCCGCGGGAACAGGGACACAGAUAGAUACGACCACACUGAGUGCCCAGCCAACUACGGACGUACCGUUCUCGGCUCCAUCAAGUGUCGUAACGUCCGACAUCACCCAGCCUGAACAUCCUCCCGUAUCACUUUACGCCGCGACACUUUCCUCAACCGCUACAGUGGAGCUGUUCGCAAGACCAUUCGCACCUACAGCACCGACUGGAGUGUCAGAAACAACAGAAACUACGCCAACAACCAUCAUGGAGACCAUGCCAGGAACAAGUACCAGACAAAGCGCUGACAUUCCUUCUCAACAACCAUCAAUGUUGUUGGACACGUCUCUUGUGCCUGUCGAUAUUCCAGCCGUCGCUACAUUGGCAGCUACACCAUUAACGUUGACAGCACAGAACAUAUAUCUACAAAGUGUCAACACCAAUGGUUCGAGGAAUGACCUAGAUAACAGCUCACCCGAGUGCCCAAGCGCAGAUCUGCCUAAUGCCAGUUGCCACAUUGGUCAAACCGAGGUAGUCGACGACGAAAUCUCUGUUGCACAACUGAGAAUUGUCUUCCCAUCGGCCCUCUCCUCCAAGGAAUUACAUUCCCGCAAAUCACCAUCUCUACCGCCCCUAAAGACAACGCCUAUUACCUCAAGUGCCACAAGAACCACAUCGACAGCUUGCAUUUCUACCUCCUAUCCCGAGAUUGCCCUUGACUCAGAGGCAGAUGUUCAACUCGCUCAUGAUGCUGCUGCCAACAACAGCGGCAACGGAGACGACACUGAAGAAGGGAACGACAAUAGUGGUGAACACGACAGCAAUACGUGGAGCGAGGGUCCAGGCAACGACAACGCUAAUGACGCAUACAGAGACCCAUAUGCUGCGGGAUACGACUCUGCCUGUCCUCCAUCAACUGUAGCAUCAUCCCCAAGCGAAUAUGUAAGCCCAUCUUGGAUCCUCCCGCCCAUCCCAUCUUUUUCAGAAAUCGGGCUGACCUUUGAUAAGAUGCGGACCCGCAGUAUAGAGGACAUGGACAGUUGCAACGGAAACGCGUCCACCAAUACCCAUAACCAGGAUGCUACUACGAGCUUCAGUACAAUUCGACAGGACCAAACGCCAGAUAGCUCCUGCGCUGUCAGCUCAGAGAUCCAUCAACUUCCCAGCGGACAAAACGACAAGGAGAACAUCCCUAACUAUAACCCAGCUAUCUUUGAUCAGAUCCAAUCAGACGUCAACGAGGCCUAUAUUAUUUGGAGCACACCAUCCGACGGAAAUGCAGGAGCAGUAUCCACCCAUCCGGCCGACUCUAUUUCAGCACCGCCGCAGGGAAGUCGUAUUGGAGGAAAUUCAGCCUCUGCAACGAGCAGUCAAAGCACGCAAAAUCUGCCUUCAUCUGAGCCCUCUGCUCCAGUCAAACGAUGGUCUGCAGGAGAUGCAUUUAAAGGGAGGGAUAAAGGGAGAGACUCGUUCGAGAACGAAAGAGCUCAUGCACAGAAACCGAGCGAGGCAAACGCACAUGAAGGAUCGAAGCCCACUGCUCCCUCUUCUGAUAGUACCCCCGGCCCGAGCUUUUCAAUUUCGCCCAGUUUUGUCAAACCGCUCGAGAAAUUGAGCGGGUCAAUUUCUAUCAUCCGCCCUGUCAGCGCGGGAGUCCAUUCGUCCUCCAAGAGCACAUCAAUGAACACGAUUGUCGCUAACUCGACCACGUCCUACGGCUCCUCAGAGGAUCGUGUUAUCAUGGCCGCUACUGUUGAAAAACUGGUCGAGAAACUCACAAGCGACAUUGACUACACCUUCCUCACAGACUUUUUCCUUAUCUAUCGGCUCUUUAUUUCGCCGCUCGCCUUACUGAAGUUGCUCUUGGCUCGCUUCCACUGGGCCCUGACUGAGGACACGCCUCAGCGACAGAUUGUGCGAGUGCGCACGUUUGUUACCAUGCGACACUGGCUUCUCAAUUAUUUCGAAUACGAUUUCAUGGCCUGUAAAUACCUGCGUCGCACUCUUGUCCAAAGCUUAAAGUCCUUGGCCGAUCAUCCAAUCGUCUCUUCGAGUGUCCGGGACCAGAGAAUCGUCAAAGAGUUGCGGAGGCUGUUUCAGCUCAAGAAGAAGGUCCAUUGUCGCGAGAUGUCCCAGAAGGCCUUGGAGGGCCCCGCUACGAGACGAGCCGAGGAAUCUUCUCAUCCUCCUAGCUACCAUCGACGAUCCCUGAACCUUGCAGAAUGGGCGCAGACCAUGGCUGCAUCGAGUAAGCGAUCAAGUGCCGAAACCAGUGGCACCAAGCAGACUCGAUUUCAGGAAUCAGUAUUUGGACCAGAUGAUCGACCCGAUCCGAGCGGCAACGAUAGGUUAUCGGGAGACGACACCACCGACCAAGAGCUCGCCCUUUCUUCAGACGACAGCCACAGCGAAGACGACAUGUACGAGGAGGAAGAAAGCUAUACGAUCCACACAGGAGAGCGGUAUGCCCAGGAUGAGAUAUCAAAUGGGGAGACCGAAGAUACUAGUUUCGAAGACAACAGCCUGGAAGAUGAUCAGAAUGCAGGCGAGUCCCUAUCUAGCAGUAGCCAUCUCCCCUCGCCUGCGUUCUCGUACGGUUCUUCAUUGUCGAAGAAAGUGCAAGCAUACCCGGACGAGUUAUCACAGGGACUAUACGAUAGUUGUUCCGAACUCGUCAUGGCCACGUCCCCCAGAAACCAUCCUAAUAACUUGCACUCGCCAAGCGCCUCAGACCAUGUACCAUACCAUCAUCGGAGCCACACCGUACCCCGGGCUUAUGACACACGGUCACAGCCAAGGCCACUGUCUUAUGUUGAUGCAUCCUUCGACUCAUCCUCGCCCUUUGCAUUCUCGCCACCGGGUUCACCACAUCCCCUGGAGCCCUAUAUCAACCCACCCCCACGUGCGCUCACGUCGGUAGAGAGGAAGAAGACGUUUUCUCAAUAUAUGGCGACGACAGUGGAACAGUUAUCAAAGGUCAAGCGGGUCUUUCUGCCAAAAUCAUCUCAGCCGAUCCAGGAUCUUCGACAUCAGUCGACAUCUUCCGCUUCCUCACGGUCUUUAACUGCAGGUGGAGUCGGAGGGGAAAUAUAUAGCCCAUCCCGGGGAGGUGCGAACGAGGACAGGGUGUACCAUAGUAACUCCAGUGCAUCGCAACCAUCGACCGCUUUCAAUUCCAACACGGCAUCCAAGAGUGUUGUCUCGUCGGUAGAUGGGUGCCGAUUGUGGCGCGAUGAGCAGCAGCAGCAAAACAUGGACCAGAGCCAUUACCGUAGUAUCGGAUCCAGCGAAUGGUCCAGCGACGACGGGGACUCACAGCUGGAAGUGACGAACACGAACAACGAGCAGAUACCAAUGUGGGACAGGGCCAGCAGAGUUGAUCCUCGAGUGCUUCCACAGAGACGUCAGAGUGAACAGUACCUACGGCAGCAGGACACAGGGUCAUCAUCGUAUGGUACGCGACCUAUUGGAGAGUCUGGGCUCGUUAUGCUGGAUGAGGCUGUCAAGCCUCGUCAAUCGACCUCAAAUGGACAGAAGCGACUUGGCAUGACUUUGGAGGAGUUUUUCGCCGCGAGAGAGGUGCUCGAACAGAAUCGAGAGGCUGUUGACUAUGAAGAGGGAGAAAAGAAAAACGACGGGGAGGACCGCUUGAAUGUUCUAUGCACAACAGCACCGCCGAGCGGUCGAGAACUCCGGAGAACUGCACAGAAGCGCGACCAUCGCGCGUCGUGGAUGACCCAUUCUUCAACAAACUCUUCCGUCUUUGGAGCCGUACUCACGCAGGGACACUUGCCACCAAGCCAGGUCAUCAAAGUUAAUGAGGCUGGGAAUGUGGAUCGGUUUAUGGAGCGCCUGCACAGGAACCAAACAGCAACAGCCGCUACACCCGAGUCAACCAGUGACGCGUCCAAGGGAAUGCAAAAACACGGAAUGCGUCGAGGGAGUACCGACCCCAUCCGAGAUAGCCUCGAAGAGGAUAGGGCCGACAAAGCGAUCAACGUUCACGGGGCCCAGCAGGAGUCGCGUGAGAAUGAAGGCAACAGUGCAAAUCUAGGAAUGAAUGUUCGCCGAAGCCGCAAGCUUGCUCAGCACCCGCACCGCCGAACCUUACCGAUUAUGCACUAUUACUACCAUCACCACUAUCUACAACAUCGCCAGAGCGAAGAUGCUUUACAGGGCUACCCACAACAGCGGCGACAUUCAGCUGAGGUCCAUAACCUGAGCGGCUGGUCGACUUCACAGGCCAAGGAAAGGAGGUCCAUUCAAGAGACAACUGGAGCAGCUCCGGGCUCAAUGACGCUACUGGAGGGUGCAGAGUAUGCUGCUGCUCUUCGGGAAACACAGCGGCAGCUGCGGAUGAUGACCAGUCAGGAUAGCCAGGGCCAGACCGUUUGGCGCCCGACCCCACGCGUUCCACUUCAAGCACCUACGCGGCCUGUGGGCCCAAGGCCCCGCCCUCUGGAUAGCUCGGCCUUUAUCUCAAGCCAGCAUUCUGCUGGUCAGACAAGGUCCAACUCUGAUCCGCAUUUGCUCUACAUGGCGGAUCCCGAGACCGCGACAACGCUAUUCAAACCCACCCCGAAAUCGAGCCCUGCUUCUCGAGGAGGAGCACAUCGGUUCCACUCGCUGCCAUACCAUACGAGUCAGGGUGGGCACUACGGCCAUCAAUCCCACGAGGACAGCUAUAACCAACAGCGUAGCCCAAUGAACCCGCGCUUCCAUAGCAUUAUCUCGUCAUCAAGAGAGGCUCCACGUCCACCACCUUCGAUCGUCCUCCGGCACCGGUCUGAGCAUAUCGCUCAGCAGCUGUGUUUGAUCGAACGCGAGUACCUGAACCAGAUCCCAUGGUACGAGCUAGUCAAUGCGGGCUGGAAGAAAAGGUCACCCGAGUCCUUUGAUGAUACUGCAGUGGAAGAUGCAGCUGCUGGCGGUGAUGAUGGGACUCUGCGACCUGCUGCUGAAGGUAGCGUGGUGGAAGAGAGUCAAGAGGAAGCACCGUCUACGGCACCCGUUCCUCGAAGGCCUGCGAGUCCAUGGCCACUCGGCCGCUCUCAGACUGCAAGGACCCAUAUGCAGCGGUUCCCACAACGGAGUCAUACGAAGGAUAGUCCGAGCGUGGCCCAGCUCGUGGAUCGAUUCAACUUGACAUGCCGUUGGGUACAAUCCGAGAUCUUGAAGACGACGGACCUGGAGCUACGAGUCAAGGUGGUCGAGAAGUUCAUCAGGGUCGCACAAACUUGCUACAGCUACUCUAAUUUCAGCUCCGUCACGCAGAUCAUGCUUGCGUUGCAGGCACAUGAGGUUUCUCGACUGAGCCAGACGUGGGCGCGGGUACGGCCGCAAGAGGUGAGGAUCAUGCAGGAUCUCAAGGAGUUCACAUCGAUGUUCCAUAAUUGGAAGCAUCUCCGGAGUGCGAUGAAGAACAUUGCGGAUGAGUGGGGUGGCGCCUCCGGAGCCGGUGUGGCAGGUCAAGAGGGAUCUCUCUCGACCUUGGUCCCUCCUUCCUUCAGCAGCAAUGGUAGCGGCAACGGCAACGGCAACAGCAACAGCAGCGGCAAGCAAGGAGGGAAUUUGAUGGGUGGCGUUGGGGUUAACUUGUUCAGUAAAAUGGCUGGCAAGGACAAGGACAAAGACAAGGAGAGGCACUCGCAGGUUGGAUCGAUGUAUCCACACCCUCGUCAUGUCUCUCACAAUCGCUCUUCGUCGGUCGGCAAGAGUUCUGGACAGCUGGUUUCGAGCUCAUCUGGACAGCAGAAGCCAACAUCUGGGUCGGGCUUCCCGUCGCUGGUGUCGUCUUUGACCAAGGACAAGGAUAACGACAAGGAGAGGGAUCGCCAAUCGCUCUUGUAUGGGCCACAGUAUUUUAAUGCAGCUGAGAAAGAUAAGGAGAGUAACAAAACCGGAGGGUAUCUUCAGCAGCAACCGCAACAACAACAUCAGCAACAUCAACAUCAACAUCAACAUCAACAUCAACAUCAACAUCAACAUCAACAUCAAC